AAAGUUGUCUCUUUUACAGUGUACAACACGAUCUGACUGAUGGCAUUGUGAGACAAAUCGUACUAUGCCCUCUCCACCACUCCGUGAUUCACAAGCAAAUGAGUCUUGACUACUCCGGAGUGUAUGGAGUAUGGAGUGUUUUGUUUGUGCUCGACAUCUUCUGUGCGUCCCUGAUCAGCAAGGGAAGGGGCAGUCGAUCUUUUACCACUUUAAAACGGUAUCUGACUGUACACUUGGCCGUCCGUGUCUGCGCAUCAUGACGUCUUUCCCCAUUGAUCCACUCCAACCCCAUACAUUAUUGACCAUAGAUUUGACCAUGGGAUAUCAUGUCUCAAUCAGUAGCAGAGAAGACAGUCAUGCAGCAAUCGAUCGAAGAAUAUCUCCAUGAACGUUCUCCUCGAGGGGCUGAC